AUGACCUCAAUCAAUUCAAUACCAUCAGAGAAAGAUGACGAUGCGCAUGAUCCAAUGCACGAAGAGUUGAUCGAGGAUCUGGAGCAGGAGGAUAUCAGCUCCGAGCUGGACGCGUCGCAACAGGAAGCCCUGGCCCACCAGCAGCGACUCGAUGACUUCUUGACACCGCUGGCCCUGGAUGAGGCGAUUCUGUACAAAUUGGCGCGUCGCUUUUCCACCACAUACCGCCAGCUCGCCUUGACCUCGGAUCAACAGUUUCUGCCCACCCCUGUCACACAGCUCCCCACGGGCCAGGAGACAGGUCGCUAUCUUGCCAUUGAUGUGGGAGGCAGCAAUCUACGAGUGGCUUUUAUUGAGUUGCUGGGUGAAGUCGACUCGGAUGUGCGCUCGGCUGAUGCGUCGGAGCGAUCGCGAGACACCAUCCGCAAGGCUCAGCGCCAGCGCGUAAAGCGCACUUUGGAACGAGCAUGGCCCAUUCAGGAGCAUUUGAAAAUGGACAAGGCGGAGGACUUGUUCGGCUGGAUCGGUGACUGUAUUGCUGAGGUGGUGGCGGAGAACAUGGGGAUCACAUUCAGUUUCCCCAUUAUGCAAGAAUCCUUGGCAGAGGCCACGUUGAUGCCCAUGGGCAAAGGAUUUGCCAUCACAUCCAAUCUCGAUCUCCGCAAUAUCCUCCUCCAUGGAUAUGAGAAACAUACGAGGCGGCCGGACGAUGAAGAUGAGCCUUCCUCCAAGCGGCGGAAACUCUUUGCUUUGCCUAAGCUGAAGAUCCAAGCUAUUACAAACGACACCGUGGCGACGCUGGCUUCACUCGCUUAUGCGGUCAAGUCCUUGCCCAACAGCCGAGUGGCCAUGGGGAUCAUUGUGGGCACAGGAUGUAACGCCACCAUUCCAAUGAAGCUGAGCGCACUGCACGAGUCCAAGGCCAAGAGUGUGAAUGCCAUGGAGCCGGGGGCCGUGGAGACGGUCGUCAACACGGAAUGGACCAUAUCCGGGGCAUCGCCACCCCUCGGGGAGCUCAAAGUCACGACCAAAUGGGACGCCGAGCUCGAUCGGGCCUGCGCACGCCCGGGAUUCCAGCCGUUCGAAUACAUGACCGGCGGCCGAUACAUCGGGGAAUUGAUCCGGUUGAUCCUCUUCGACUACCUCGUCACAGUCGCAGAACUGUCCAAACGCUCUCUACCGGCCAACCUCAUCCAGGAAUAUGCCUUGACCACCACCUACAUCUCCGACACGGUCGCCCGCGCCCGUUCCGACCAAGACCUCGCCCACGACCUGAACCAAACCCUGCCCCCGCCAGAGAGCAGCGACUGGCGCUGGGAUGCCCGCACCGCCGCGGCAUUCCGGAAGAUCGCCCGCACCGUGCAGCGGCGCUCGGCCGGUCUGAUUGCCGCCGCCGUGAUCGGGCUUCUGGCCUGUGCGCGCGAGAUCGAGCUCAAGGAAGACAGCAACACCAACAGUCCCGAGAACGCCGCCUCUCCCCAGAGCAACGGCGAGGUGGGCAUCCCCGACACCGCCGCCGCAUCGAUCGCCGCAGCCAGCAGCCUCCAGCAACCCACCACCGCCUCCUCUACUACCACUACUACUGCUAGCGUUCAUGGCCAUAUUGUUCCGGUCCUUGAACCCACCCCGGUGGACUGGCAGUCCGGUCCUGAGGAGCUGGUUGUCGCCUACACCGGUGGCAUUAUCCAGCAUUACCCGCAGUUCAAGGAUAUGUGCCAGCUCUACAUCGAUCGUCUGAUCAUGCGGACUGGCCCACAGCGAGGUGGGAAGUCGGUGUUUUUGCGGGAAGCGUCUGACGGUGGUGUCAUUGGGGCUGGGGUUUUGGCUGGCAUGGUUGUUAGCAAAUAA